AUGGGACCGAAUGCUUGAAUUUGCGCGUGUGUUUAUGUGUUUGUUUGUGUGUGGGUAUGUGGGCUAGUGAGAGGACAGCAAAGGGCAAUUGGUGUGCGUGUGUCUGAAGCCGUAAUUGAAUUAUGAAUUCAUUUUUGUUCAUUAUCGCCUCGUUUUUACCGUUUUCGCCUCGUGGUAGAUUUCGUUUUUAUCGUUUUCGCCUGCUGGUAGAUUUCGUUUUUAUCGUUUGCCCAUAGAACGAACAUGCACAUGCACACCCACACUAAAACACAGCCACACACACACACACACGCACACACACACAGUCUCGUGCGCAUCUUAGCACCGCACCGCGUACGGGAUUCGCAGUCGUUUAGUGUAAAGCAUCAUCAGAAAUCAUCAUCAGCAGCAGGUUAAGGAGUGCACUGAGGAGAGAAGUAGAAGCAGAUCGAGAAGACCGCUCCGCUUCUUGGCACCGCCCAUAGUUAAACCCCUUCCUUCGAAUAGGCGCAACAGCCAGAGCGUUACACCGGACCCAAGGAACCUGCAAGCCCUUCCCUAACCUGCCAACCAGCCAGCAGGUUCAAGCGACGGUUCGAGCGACAACACCCCACGACCCUAGGCGAUGCUAUAGUAUCAGAGUGUGUGGAGUGUCACGGUGAAUCACCAACCAGCCAGCCAGUUGGUGCGUGCUGCUGUUUUUUUUUCUCAAGUUCGGUUCCGCAAAAAAAAACCGGGAGAGGAAACCUCACCGCACGGAAUCGGAGCAUCCUCGCACAACCACACACCUCGCACCCAGUGCCCUCCUCCGCCGUCGUCGAUCCUCUCGAUCUACCCCGUCGUCCUGGGCGAAACCUUGCCAUUCUGUGAUUAUUUUCAAGAACAAAACGGACCGACAGAGAGAAGAAGGUAGGGAGGGGCCGAGAAGCCGCGUACUGCGAAAUCUGCGAAAAAUAAUCACCGUGUUCUUUUAGUUUUAGUGUGUGUGUGUGUGUGUUAGCCUUUGUGGUUAUCUGUGAAGCCCGCGUGAGCGUGUGCCUACGUGUGUGUGUGAGUGCGUGCGUGUGUGUUUAUCAACUGUAGCGUAUCCUUGUACACACCGAGGAGUUGAAGGAUCGCAUUCAGUGAUCAGUGAGAAAACCUGUGCCGUGUGUGUGUGUGCGUGCGUGUGUUUUGAGGUCCUUGCUCGGACCAGGUAGGCAGGCAGGCAGGCGCAGCAGCGGGCCAGCGUGUACACUCCGUGAAGUACGUACCUGUGGUACGUUUUGCAGCUCAAAGCACAGCGUCACAACUACUCACCCUCAGACUCUAGCAAUCAACCAACCAACCAAACGCGUCUUGCAGCAGCCCCGCCAAGCCAAGCACCAGGGAUCAACUACUCAGCUUUUGUCUUGUGGGCACCGAGCACCGAUCAAACAAACUCUUCAACACCACCCCACUAGUCCCGUUCACAGUGAUGGCGAAGAAAACGUACGAUCUGCUAUUCAAGCUGCUGCUGAUCGGUGAUUCCGGUGUUGGCAAAACCUGCAUCCUGUUCCGCUUCUCCGACGAUGCGUUCACCUCGACAUUCAUCUCCACCAUCGGAAUUGACUUUAAAAUAAAGACGAUCGAACUGCGAGGCAAGAAGAUCAAGCUGCAGAUCUGGGAUACGGCCGGCCAGGAGCGGUUUCAUACCAUCACCACCUCGUACUAUCGGGGCGCGAUGGGCAUUAUGCUGGUGUACGACAUCACGAACGAGAAGAGCUUCGACAACAUCGUGAAAUGGUUACGAAAUAUAGACGAGCACGCCAACGAGGAUGUGGAGAAGAUGAUACUCGGUAACAAGUGCGAUAUGGCCGAUAAGCGUGCAGUGCGCAAGGAACGGGGUGAAAAUAUUGCCCGCGAGCACGAUAUACGCUUCAUGGAAACCUCAGCAAAGGCGAACACUAACAUCGAGUUGGCAUUUCGCGAACUCGCCGAAGCGAUCCUGGACAAGACGGCCGGCAAGGAGACGACCGACAAUCCGGACCGAGUGGUAGUGAACAGGGGCACGGGUGAGCGGCCGCCUGCCUACAAAGCGUGCUGCGCGUAGUGUGGUGCCUACGACAGUCGAUAUCCCCCGACGCGGUUUACACACCAUCUGCGGUCGGUGUGCUUCGGUUUCGGGUGCCAUCGCUACAUACACACAUACGUCGUCGCUGUCACCGUUGCCAUCGCGCUGCCGGAAUCCCCUGUCGCCACCGGCAUCCGCUACCCGGCAACUACUUGCUCGUUGCGAGUUUUGGACGUUCAUUAGAUUAAUUUUAAGGUUACUCUUUACAUGUUCGGCUUGUGAUGGUGGCACACGAGUGUAUGCCGAGCUAGUACUGUGACAACGCACCCCGACUACUCUACUCAUUCUCUCCCAUCGCCUAUCACCCUUCUCCUCCCUCAUGGCCGCCGCAAAUCCCUCAGGGGGUUAUUUUUAUAUAGUUUUAUGGACGCUCCAUCGUUUCUGUUGGUUUUUAGCUUGUUCGUUUGUAACACACAAUCGUUUUUCAGAGACUGGCUCCUUUGGCCCCUGGACUCUUCAAUAUGCCCACCGCUCCCAGUGUCCAAAGACAGUGUUAAUGCAUUUUUUAAAGAGAGACAGAGAGAGAGAGACAGAGAGAGAGAGAGAGAGAGAGACAGAGAGAGAGAGAGAGAGAGAGAGAGAGAGAGAGAGAGAGAGAGAGAGAGAGAGAGAGAGAGAGAUGAACAGAUAUGAAAGAGGCGCCAACUGGGCGAGGGUUAAGGUAAGGGGUGCAGCUAAUCGCAAGAGAUAGCGUCUGCUAUCUUGGGCUUGUAUAAUCGGUUUAGGAGCGUCAAAACAAAAUUAGCUUAAACUCGGUAGCGGUUAUGAUCCAAUCCUUUUUAAAAACUCAGUUGUUUGUUGAGGCAUAUCGAAUGGACGACGAAACGGCGUAAUCCUUAACGGCGGAUGCCAUAUAAACGGAAUAAAUCAAUCAAAUCGGAUGGGCCCAAUCUGCCCAGAGCGUCAGACUAUAUGAUCAGGGCAUGCAAACGUGAACCACGUGCCGGAUGACGAGUCGUAAUUUAUCCGUAAUGUGUAACUCUGACCGGACCGAAGGACUGACCGGAAUAAUCUAUAGGCAGUAUAAGGGGUAACCGGUGCGCAGCGGGAUAAUGAUUGAGCAAUGAGGCCUGGUGGGCAGACUUACUUGAUGUUGUUAAGUAACAUAUUAUUGCAUGAUUUAUGACAUUGAAAUGCUGAAGCUAAUAAAUAGACCCAAAUGUAAUACGAA